AUGAAUCGAUUGAAUAUCGAAGAAGAAGAAGAAGAAAAUAAUACAAAAAGUGCACCGGGAAUGUGGUAUCAAUGGUUAGAAUAUCGAUUACGAUAUUAUAUGGUUUUAGAAGGAAUUAUAAUAAUUAUACUAUUCGUUUCCUUAUCGAAUUAUCAUGAUUUAGCCUCAAGAAAUAUGGAAUUGAAUGCAAAAUUAGAAAUACAGAUAGAUAAUUUGGACAAGCGACUUGAUGAGAUAUAUGAACUAUUGAAAACGAAUUCAGUUCCGAAACCAGAGAGGAAUGAAAUCCUCAAGAAUAUCCGAGAAGAAUCGAUUAGACCAGUAGAAGUCAAAACAAGCGAGAAAUUGAUUGAGAAAUCCAACUCGUUUCCAAUAACUUCAUUGAAUUACUCUCGUUUCGAAAUGAAUGCAGCCAAUAUUCUGAUGGGCGCCUCAGUGGAUUUAGGCCUUUCUUCUUCUUCUGUUUCAUCUGAAGAUGGAUUUUUCAACAACUUUUUCUAUCCAUUUACCCGUGAUCAAAGCGGAUAUAUUCUGUUGGAUCGAGAAGAACUUCCCCCAAAUAAAUCGUGGUGCUCGGAGGAAAAACAGCCAGUUCUCACAAUCAAUUUGGUAAAGAAUACUGAAAUAAUGUAUGUCUCUUAUCAACAUUCAAAAUGGAAUGGACUUAUUCCAGAUGGUGCACCAAAGAAGUAUAAUGUUCUGGCUUGUCUAGACUCGAAAUGUAAAUAUUUGGAGCCUCUUGAAACUAACUGCAAAUACGAAAAAUCAGUUAAUGGCCAGGAUAUCCAAGAACAAUUUUGUCGAAUAUCUUCCGAUUCUGUUGCUCCUCCAGUCAGAAAAGUGCAAUUUCAUUUCCUGGAAAACCAUGGAAAUGUAAAAAAAACUUGCAUUUACUCCGUUCGAGUCUUUGGAAUACGGAGAAACUUAUUCAGAACUGAACUGAAAAAAUUGCAAGAUAAAAAGAAAUGCGAGGAACUGGCAUGGAAUCAUAAGCACUCUUCUUUCGUUUAUAGUUGGGUCAGUUCACUUUUUACUUGA